AGCAUUAUUAUGUCUCUAUCUAUAUUACUACUCCUCACCCUUUUACAAGAAAUUCAUGCUCAGUUCCCCCGACAGUGUGCUACAGUUGCGGCUCUGACAAGCGGUGAAUGUUGCCCAGAUCUAUCUCCAGUGGUGAUACCUGGUUCAGACCGUUGUGGAUCAUCUACUGGAAGGGGCCAAUGUGUCCAAGUGAUGGCAGACAGUCGGCCCCAUGGACCACAGUAUAUGCAUGAUGGUCAAGAUGACCGGGAGCAGUGGCCUCUACGCUUCUUCAACCGAACCUGCCAAUGCAACAGAAAUUUUUCAGGCUACAAUUGUGGGUCCUGCCGAUCCGGUUGGAGUGGACCUGCAUGUGACCAGCAGACUCAGACAGUCAGAAGAAACAUCCUGGAUCUGAAUAAUGAGGAAAGGAAUCGAUUCCUAAGAGUCCUUCAACAAGCUAAGAACACAAUGCACCCCAACAUUGUGAUUGCUAUCCGAAGGCGGGAAGAAAUACUGGGUCCUGAUGGUAACACACCACAAUUCGAAAAUGUGACAAUUUAUAAUUACUUUGUGUGGUCCCAUUACUACUCUGUCAGAAAGACAUUCCUUGGCCCAGGGCAGCCCAGUUUUGGAGGAAUAGAUUUCUCCCAUGAAGGUCCAGCAUUUCUCACCUGGCAUAGAUACCACCUUCUACAGCUGGAAAAAGACAUCCAGGACAUGAUCCAGGACCCUUCUUUUGCACUCCCCUACUGGAACUUUGCAACAGGUAGAAACACUUGUGACAUCUGCACAGAUGAGCUCAUGGGAGCUAGAAGCAACUUUGAUACCAAUCUUCUAAGCCAAAACUCUGUCUUCUCUCAGUGGCGUGUUUUGUGUGAAAAUGUUGAUGACUAUGACACCUUGGGAACUAUAUGCAACAGCUCAGAAGGGGGUCCAAUUAGAAGAAACCCGGCUGGAAAUGUUGCCCGGCCAAUGGUGCAGCGCCUUCCUGAGCCACAGGAUGUAGCUCUUUGCUUAGAAGUCGGAUUAUUUGAUACACCGCCAUUCUAUUCAAAUUCAACAGACAGUUUUCGUAAUUCGCUGGAAGGCUACAGCCAACCUUCUGGAAAGUAUGAUCCCAUGGUACGCAGUCUUCACAACCUGGCCCAUCUGUUUUUGAAUGGCACAGGAGGGCAAACCCAUCUCUCGCCGAAUGAUCCUAUUUUUGUUCUCCUUCACACCUUUACGGAUGCACUCUUUGAUGAAUGGCUAAGGAGGCACAAUACCGAUAUUUCAAUAUUUCCUCUAGAAAAUGCCCCCAUUGGGCACAAUAGACAGUACAACAUGGUGCCAUUCUGGCCUCCAGUGACCAACAAUGAGAUGUUUGUUUCAGCACCAGAAAAUCUGGGCUACAGUUAUGAAGUUCAAUGGCCAACUCGGGCCCUCCACAUCACUGAGAUCAUAACUAUCGCAAUUGUGACAGCCUUGAUCCUGGUUGCAAUUAUAUUUGCCGGCGCCACAUGCAUAGUUCAUGCCAGACGGAGGGACGAUGAAAUCCACCAGCCUCUUCUCAAUGAACAAUAUCAGACUUACUCAGAUGAUUACGACAGUAUACCCACCCCAAGCCAGUCAGUUGUGUGAAAUAGCAACUGCUUUUGCACCUUUUCUAGUGGCAACUCUCUCUGAUCUAUCUGACAAUAAAGAACAUUUACUGUGAUAAACUUUGCUAGAGCUCCUAUCACAAGGGAAAUCUCAAGAGAUUUGUACCUGUAACACAUUUUCUUUGUUUCUUGGAAUUUUCACUUGUUCCUUUUGCUUCAAUUCCAUAUAUAUUGUUAGAAAAAAAUAACUGGCAUUUCCAGACUGUUAAGGUGGCAGCCAUUUGAGAGAGUCUUAAACUAAAGGCUGUACAUGCUUCUUCUGUUUAGCUUGUUAUAGAAACUGAUCCUUUUCGUCUACAUGAGAUUUGGAUGCAGAUGAAAUGACGGAGUGGUUGUUAUGAACAUUUAUUGAUAAACACUCAUAAUUUCAAUCAUCUAUUGUUAAUUAUAGUGAGAGAGGGCAAAUGUGGUCACUAUUUAGGUAGUCAUCGUUUGCCGUUUGUGAUCCCUGCUUAACUAAGAAAUAACCCAUUGGACCAUAUAAUGAAACAAUACUCUAAUUCUAGACUGUGUUUGUUCUCUCUCGGUGGCACUAGCUGACAGUUAAAUUUGACUAUAUGUAGCAAUUUGGAAAGUGGCUCCAUCAUUUCUGAUUGUUUGAGAUGCUUCUAGGGGGAAAAUCCUAAGAAAAUCACACACAGGCAACUAGCAGGUAAGCCAUGUAAUAUUAUUAGUAUUAUAUUUAUUUAUACCCAACUUAAACACAAAAUUAAAAUGCAUGCACAUUCAAAAUGCAAAACAUGGAUACCGUCUUACUCAAACAAACAUAACAUACACCAUGUUUCUAAUUUUACAUCUGUCCGUAUGUGCUUUUGAAUAGUUUGUUAAUUUCAUAGGGUGUUUUUUAGGGAAGAAAUACUCAGAGUUGGUCUCCCAUCCAAGAACUAACUAGAGAUGACCCUGCUUAGUUUGCAAGAUAAGCUGGGAUCUGGUGCCUUUAAGUUGUUUAAGACAGUUACCGUUAUCUAUUCUUGCUUUGGUCUCUACACAAAUUUGCUCCAUAAUUAUUUUCCCAAAUAAUUUGAGUACUAUAUAGUACUUCCAUGCAACUUAUUGCAUGCAUUUUUGAAAAAUAUCCAGCCUAUUGAUCUAUUCUUGUAUGCCUAGAAUAAAAAUAUGUCCACCGCUUUCACAUGCUUUGUGCAUAUUAUAUAAAGGACAGUACAUAGGACAGCCACAAGAUGGCAGGACUGAAAACAGUUUAACUUGUCCCUUACCUUUAAAAAAAAUCAUGUACAAAUCUGUUGCUUAAAGGGGAUUCUGCAAAGGAUAUGUCUAAUGUCAUUUUGAAUAUUUGUACAAAUUAAAGGAUUGUAAUUUCUCAUUUUGAAAUAGAAUUGGAAUAUAGAUGAAAAUCACAACAAUUCAUAUAAAGUUCAAUCAUUUUAAGAAUAGUUAUUAUUAUAUACACAGAUAUUACACAUAAUAGCAUCUUGUUUCGUUGUGCCUGUGGAAAUUUCAAUAAACUCUUAUUUCCUUCAGUUGGGGCAGAAUUGUGUCUCUGACAUACACAGAACUUUUCCUGCUCAAGGAAUUAGUUACUUUCAACUAAUUCCUUGUUGCUUUCAACUAGUUCCUAUUUCCAUUCAGUGAGGCAAAAUUACUAUACAUGAUGUUGUAUAUCGAUGAGGGAUAGCAUUAUUCCUUUUAUGGCAUAGCUGUAACGUUUUUGGUAGUAUGACUGCAAUUUUUUAACAGUUACAGAAUAUGUCUUCACUGUUGGUAAGAGAGGAAUAUCAUAUGUGGUUGAAUUCAUCAAUUGUACACAGGCUCUUGCUACAUUAUCGGUUGCAGAAAUAAAGAAGUGGAUAGGAAGGGUGUAUAUGUUUGACCAAAAGGCCAAGAACACAUAGAAUUCUAAUAUUCUUACUAAGGUUGGAUCUCCUCUGCCAUAUAAUCCAGUUUCAGAAUGCAGAUUAAUGGCAUUGAAUUUGAUAAUAUGAGUCUACACUGCAUUUAAUCAGCGUUCUGAAACUGGAUUAUAUGUCAGUGUUGAUACAGCCUAAGCUAACAAAAGUUAAGUAUUUCAAUUACUUAUGAAAAGUGAAGCCAAAAGGAAUUACACAUCAAGUAUAGUGGCAACCAUUUUUUAGCCUAAAAGCUAAAAUUAAAAACAAUUACUUUUAAAAAGUAACUUUCCAGCAUUCCGACUUCCCUGGGAGACAAGAGAUACUGCCUUAACCGCAGACUUCCAAGACACUAAAUUCAGUGUAGCUAUUUAGUGUUUCCUAAAAAUGUUACAGGUGCCUUAUGAGAUUUCAGAAAAGAAAGUUUACCCAAACCCAACAUAUAUUUAUGCUGAAGGAUUAGCAGUUGUUACAGCUGUUAAAAAAUAUGUGUGUUGAACACACACAACUGUGGCAGGAAAAACUGCACAUACCACUAUAGGCUGGCUACUCCUCAUAUUAUAGCCAAAUAAUUUUUUCCAUUUGCUUGUUUUGUUUUGUUUUGUGUUGAGAGCACUUUGUUUUUGCUUUUCUUUUUUCCCUUGAUGUCAAUAAAAAAGUCAAACAUCA